AUGAGCAAGGCUCUCGUCGCAUUUGUCUGGCUUGCAGGACCACUGACUGGAGUUUUCGUCCAACCUUAUAUUGGAAUUCUCAGUGAUCGAUCGCGAAUUUCCUGGGGAAAACGCAAACCUUUUAUGGUAGCUGGCGCACUAGGCACCGUAGUGGCCUCCAUCACCGUUUCCUAUGCCAGAGAUAUCAUACGUGUGAUUGGUGGUCUAGCCAAAGACGCACAUUAUGAUGGAUGUUAUAAAACUGCCACCAUCAUUCUGGCCACCAUCAUGAUGUGGUGUCUAGACUUCGCCAUCAAUGCUGUUCAAGCCGCAAUCCGUGCUUUCAUAGUCGACAAUGCUCCGUCACACCAACAGGAAUCUGCUAAUGCAUGGGCUUCUCGAAUGACUGGGGUCGGCAAUGUCCUUGGCUACAUUUUUGGCUAUCUCAAUCUGCCUCAAUACAUGUCGUUCUUUGGCAACACUCAAUUCAAGGUUUUGUGCGUCAUUGCUUCCAUCGCUAUGAGCUUUACAGUCUUGAUCAGCGUUCUGUCCAUCAAAGAGCGCAACCCGCAGUUGGAUCCACCCUCCAGAUCCGACCACAGGUCAUCUGGCAUCCUGACCUUCUUCAAGGAUGUUUUCUUGUCCAUCAAGAGGCUUCCUCCAGAAACAAAGACAGUGUGCAAAAUCCAAUUCUUCCACUGGAUGGGCUGGUUCCCAUUCCUCUUCUACAUUACCACUUACAUCGGACAACUAUACGUCAAUCCUUACCUGAAGACAGGGCUGUCUGAUCUCGAGGUCAAUCAGCUGUGGAACAAGGCCACUCGAAUUGGGACUUUAGCUUUGCUGAUUUACGCAAUCACCUCUUUUGUUUCGAAUUUGAUUCUUCCUUUCUUGGUUGUUCCAACUUAUGUUGCUCAGACGCCCCAUUUUUCGAGUGAAAUCACCCGACCCUUAUCACCAAGCUCACCGAUUGGGGUAAGAGUAAGGACAGCGUCGUGGGGGGAGCUCGCCAUGGCAAAUAAUCGGACUCUUUCGACGAGUUCCAAUUCACACCUUACCCAAGGCAGUUCUUUCAAACCCCCAAAUCUGCUUAAUAGCUGGUUGGAACGGCUCCAAAUUCCUGGAUUGACGCUACGGCGGGCUUGGUUACUCUCACAGCUGCUAUUCUCGUUAUGCACUUUCAGCACUUUCUUCAUCUCGACUCCACAGGCAGCCACUGUGAUGACUGGAGUGAUUGGCAUCACUUGGUCCUUGACACUCUGGGCACCUUUCGCCCUGAUUUCCGCUGAAUUAGCUCGGCGGGACGAAAGAAGACGUCGACGAGACCGAGAAAGACUGAUGAAUGACCCAGAUGAAGAAGAUGCUGAAGGGGAGGACGAGGGGGAUGACAGAGCCGGAAUCAUCCUCGGUAUUCACAACGUUGCAGUCAGCAGUCCUCAAGUUCUCGCCACCAUUGUUUGCAGCCUUGUGUUCAAAUUGCUUCAGAAGCCGAGAAACGUGCCGGGCGACGUUAGUGUCGGCUGGACAUUAAGAUUGGGUGGUCUUGCAACUUUGAUAUCGGCCUUCAUGACGUGGAGGAUGAAAGGGGUUGGUGAUGAGGAUCUAAAAAAGUGA